AGUCUCUCUGUCCCAGCUUUGAUGUACCUGUACUGACCUCGCCUUCUGGAGCAUAGCGGGGUAAACGGGCAGUGGCUCGGGUGGUUGUUGUCCUUGAUGAUCUUUUUGGCCUUCCUGUGACAUCGUGUCCUGGAGGGCAGGUAGUUUGCACCCGGUGAUGAGUUGGGCAGACCGCACCACCCUGCAAAUCCUCCUACUACCUCUCCUGCUACCUCUCCUCAGCUAAAAACAAAUGUUCCCACAAAUUUAGAGAACAUUCCCUUAAGUCUCAUUAGGUGUGGCCCUGUGUGUGUGUGUGUGUGAGACAUGUCGGAUAAGAUGUCCAGUUUCCUACACAUCGGGGACAUCUGCUCCCUGUAUGCAGAGGGCUCCACCAACGGCUUCAUCAGCACUCUGGGGCUAGUAGAUGACCGCUGUGUGGUACAGCCCGACACAGGAGACCUAAACAACCCCCCAAAAAAGUUCAGAGACUGUCUGUUCAGGUUGUGUCCAAUGAAUCGGUACUCUGCUCAGAAACAGUUCUGGAAGGCAGCGAAACCUGGAGGAAACAGCACCACGGACACGGUCCUCCUCAACAAACUCCAUCAUGCAGCGGAUUUGGAAAAGAAGCAAAACGAUUCGGAAAAUAAAAAGUUGCUCGGAACGGUGAUUCAGUAUGGGAACGUCAUUCAGCUCCUCCAUCUGAAGAGUAACAAGUACUUGACUGUGAACAAGCGUCUGCCAGCGCUGCUGGAGAAGAAUGCCAUGAGAGUGAUGCUGGACACGGCCGGGAACGAAGGCUCCUGGUUCUACAUUCAACCCUUCUACAAGUUGCGCUCCAUAGGAGACAGUGUGGUGAUAGGGGACAAAGUGGUCCUGAACCCAGUGAAUGCUGGCCAGCCCCUACAUGCCAGCACCCAUCAGCUAGUGGACAACCCAGGAUGUAACGAGGUGAACUCGGUCAACUGUAACACCAGCUGGAAGAUCGUGCUGUUCAUGAAAUGGAGUGACAAUCAGGAGAUCAUUCUAAAAGGGGGCGAUGUGGUGCGCCUGUUCCAUGCGGAACAGGAGAAGUUCCUCACCUGUGACGACCACCGUAAAAAACAAUAUGUCUUCCUGCGCACCACUGGACGCCAGUCGGCUACCUCGGCAACCAGCAGCAAAGCCUUAUGGGAGGUGGAGGUGGUGCAGCAUGAUCCAUGUCGAGGUGGAGCUGGCUACUGGAACAGUCUGUUCAGGUUCAAACACCUGGCCACUGGACACUACCUGGCUGCAGAGGUGAACCCUGACUAUGAGGAGGAGUGCCUGGAGUCCCGCUCCUCACUGGACUCUGAGCAGGUCGACCUCCGCGCCCGCCUCAGGAACCCCCAGGAGAAGGUCAUGUAUACCCUGGUGUCUGUCCCUGAAGGCAAUGACAUCUCCUCCAUUUUUGAGCUGGACCCUACCACUCUGAGAGGGGGGGACUCCCUGGUGCCCAGGAACUCGUAUGUGAGGCUCAGACACUUGUGCACCAACACAUGGGUCCACAGCACUAACCAUCCCAUCGACAAGGAAGAGGAGAAACCUGUCAUGUUACGUAUCGGCACAUCUGCACUGAAAGAAGACAAAGAGGCGUUUGCCAUCGUACCCGUCUCGCCCGCUGAAGUCAGAGAUCUUGACUUUGCCAAUGAUGCCAGUAAAGUGUUGGCGUCCAUCGCAGGCAAACUGGAGAAGGGCACCAUCACUCAGAACGAGAGGAGGGCGGUGACCAAGCUUCUGGAGGACCUGGUGUUCUUCGUGGUGGACAUCCCCAAUAAUGGCCAAGACGUUUUGGAAAUCAUGGUCAACAAGCCCAACCGAGAGAGACAGAAACUCAUGAGGGAACAGAAUAUCCUCAAACAGAUCUUCAAGCUACUGCAGGCUCCAUUCACAGACAGCGGGGAUGGGCCCAUGCUGCGAUUGGAGGAGCUGGCUGACCAGCGCCACGCCCCUUUCAGGCACAUCUGCCGCCUGUGUUACCGUGUGUUACGCCACUCCCAACAGGACUACCGCAAGAACCAGGAGUAUAUAGCCAAGCAGUUCCGCUUCAUGCAGAAGCAGAUAGGUUAUGAUGUUCUGGCUGAGGACACUAUCACAGCCCUGCUCCACAACAACCGCAAGCUGCUGGAGAAACACAUCACCGCUGCAGAGAUAGACACCUUUGUCAGCCUCGUCAGGAAGAACCGGGAGCCCAGGUUCCUGGACUAUCUGUCAGACCUGUGUGUGUCUAUGAACAAAUCCAUCCCGGUGACACAGGAGCUCAUCUGUAACGCAGUCCUGGACCCCACCAAUGGAGACAUCCUUAUAGAGACCAAACUGGUGCUGUCCAGGUUUGAGAUCGAGGGAGCGUCCAUCGAGGAUAAUUCAGUGGAGUCUGAGGAGGACGAGGAGGAGGUGUGGCUGUUCUGGAAGGACCGCAGUAAGGAGAUCAGAAGUAAGAGCAUCAGAGAGCUGGCCCAAGAUGCCAAGGAGGGCGCCAAGGAGGACCAAGAGGUGGUCAGCUACUACAGGUACCAGCUGAACCUGUUUGCGAGGAUGUGUCUGGACCGUCAGUACCUGGCCAUCAAUAAGAUCUCUGGCCAGAUGGACGUGGAUCUGAUCCUGCGCUGCAUGUCUGACGAGGAUCUGCCUUACGACCUGCGCGCCUCCUUCUGCCGCAUGAUGCUGCACAUGCAUGUGGACCGCGACCCCCAGGAACAGGUCACUCCCGUCAAGUACGCCCGCCUCUGGUCCGAGAUCCCCUCCGAGAUCGCCAUUGACGACUAUGACAAUGACGGGACGUCCAAGGAUGAGAUCAAGGAGUGUUUUGCCCUGACCAUGGAGUUUGUCGAGAACUAUCUUAGAGACGUGGUGUGUCAGAGCUUCCCAUUUGCCGACAAGGAGAAGAACAAACUCACCUUCGAGGUAGUGAAUCUAUCUAGGAACCUCAUUUACUUUGGCUUCUACAACUUCAGUGACCUGCUGAGGCUGACCAAGAUCCUGCUGGCCAUCCUGGACUGUGUCCACGUCAGCACCAUUUUCCCCAUCAACAAGCUGGAGAAGGGAGACGAGACUAAAGGCAGUAACGUGAUGCGCUCCAUCCACGGGGUGGGGGAGCUGAUGACUCAGGUGGUGCUCAGAGGAGGGGGGUUCCUGCCCACCACCCCCAUCAACCCACCCGACGGGGACCAGGUCAAGACCCAGACAGAGCCGGAGAAACAGGACAUCCUGGUCAUGGACACCAAGCUCAAGAUCAUAGAGAUACUACAGUUCAUUCUGAAUGUGCGUCUGGACUACCGGAUCUCCUGUUUGCUGUGUAUCUUUAAAAGGGAGUUUGAUGAGAGCAACUCCCAGUCAGAUCUGUCUAUAGCAGGAACCCAUGAGGGACCAAACAACAUGCCAGGAGCUCUGGACUUUGAGCACAUAGAGGAGCAGGCAGAGGGGAUAUUUGGUGGAAGUGAGGAGAACACCCCGUUAGACCUGGAUGACCAUGGUGGUAGGACCUUCCUGAGGGUCCUUCUCCACCUGACCAUGCAUGAUUACCCUCCCCUGGUGUCCCGAGCCCUCCACCUGCUCUUCAGACAUUUCAGUCAGAGACAGGAGGUUCUACAGGCCUUCAAACAGGUCCAGUUGCUGGUGACCAGUAAGGAUGUAGAGAACUACAAGCAGAUCAAGUCAGACCUGGACCAGCUACGCUCCAUUGUGGAGAAGUCUGAGCUGUGGGUCUACAAGAGACAGGGGCCAGAUGAGGGCAUGGACGCUGGGGAGGGCUCUGCAGAGUCGCAACACAAGAAGGGUGACUCCAACUCGGGUGGCUCAGACAAGCCAAAGAAACCAGAGAGCACCAGGAGCUACAACUACAGAGUGGUGAAGGAGAUUCUGCUGCGUCUCAGCAGGCUAUGUGUUCAGGAGGGUCUGUCAGGCAGGAAGAGUAAGAAGCAGCAGCAGAGACUCCUCAGGAACAUGGGGGCUCACACCGUGGUGCUGGAGUUACUGCAGAUCCCCUACGAGAAGGGGGAGGAUGUGCGUAUGCAGGAGAUCAUGAAGCUGGCCCACCAGUUCCUGCAGAACUUUUGUGCAGGGAACCAGCAGAACCAGGCUCUGCUCCACAAACACAUCAACUUGUUCCUCAAUCCAGGGAUCCUAGAGGCUGUCACCAUGCAGCAUAUCUUCAUGAAUAACUUCCAGCUGUGCAGUGAGAUCAACGAGCGCGUGGUACAGCACUUUGUCCACUGCAUCGAGACGCACGGCCGCAACGUCCAGUACCUCAAGUUCCUGCAGACCAUCGUCAAGGCCGAGAGCAAGUUCAUCAAAAAGUGUCAGGACAUCGUCAUGGCUGAGCUGGUGAACGCUGGCGAGGACGUGCUGGUGUUCUACAACGACCGUGCGUCCUUCCAGACCCUGGUCACGAUGAUGAGGUCUGAGCGAGACCGUAUGGAUCAGAACAGUCCUCUGAUGUACCACAUCCACCUGGUAGAGCUGCUGGCUGUCUGCACUGAGGGAAAGAACGUUUACACUGAGAUCAAAUGUAACUCUCUGCUACCUUUGGACGACAUAGUGAGGGUGGUCACCCACGAGGACUGUAUCCCUGAGGUGAAGAUAGCCUACAUCAACUUCCUGAACCACUGCUAUGUGGACACGGAGGUGGAGAUGAAGGAGAUCUACACCAGCAACCACAUGUGGAAGCUCUUUGAGAACUUCUUGGUGGACAUCUGCAGGGUGUCCAACAACACGAGUGACCGCAAACAUGCCGACACGGUCUUGGAGAGCUAUGUGACCGAGACGGUCAUGAGCAUUGUGACCACCUUCUUCAGCUCACCCUUCUCCGACCAGAGCACCAGCCUGCAGACCAGGCAGCCAGUGUUUGUACAGCAGUUACAGGCAGUGUUCAGAGUGUAUCACUGUAACUGGUUGGUCCCAGUCCAGAAGGGCUCAGUGGAGAGCUGUAUCAAGGUGCUGUCUGACGUGGCUAAAGGGCGAGCCAUAGCCAUCCCAGUGGAUCUGGACAGCCAGGUGAACAACCUGUUUGUGAAGUCCAACAACAUCGUUCAGAAGACAGCCAUGUCCUGGAGAAUGUCUGCCCGUAACGCUGCACGCAGAGACUCCGUACUGACCACCUCCCGAGACUACAGGAACAUCAUCGAGAGACUGCAGGACAUAGUGUCAGCUCUAGAAGACCGCCUGCGUCCGUUGGUCCAGGCUGAGCUGUCUGUCCUAGUGGAUGUACUGCAUCGGCCCGAGCUACUCUUCCCUGAGAACACUGACUCCCGCAGGAAGUGUGAGAGUGGCGGCUUCAUCUGCAAGCUGAUCAAACACACCAAGCAGCUUCUGGAGGAGAAUGAAGAGAGGCUGUGUAUCAAGGUCCUGCAGACCCUCCGAGAGAUGAUGACCAAAGACAGAGGAUAUGGAGAGAAGCUCAGGGCCUUUGAUGAUGAGAUGGAUAUGCCUGAGCAGCUGGAUCUCAACCAGCCACAGAAAAUACUGGAUGACCAGAGGAGGGGUGAGGCGUUGAGGCAGAUUCUGGUGAACCGUUACUAUGGCAACUUCCAUAGGAGUGGUGGGCGGAGGGACAGCCUGACUGCCUUCAGCAACGGAACCCUGGUUCCAGUAGGGCCCAGCAAGAGCCAAUCAGGUCUAGGUGGUCCGGGAGCCCUGAGUCGAGGGGAGAUGAGCCUGGCAGAGGUGCAGUGUCACCUGGACAAGGAGGGCGCCUCUGACCUGGUCAUCGACCUCAUCAUGAACACCACCAGUGACCGUGUCUUCCAGGAGAGCAUCCUAUUGGCCAUCGCCCUGCUGGAGGGUGGGAACACCACCAUCCAACGUUCCUUCUUCUGCCGUCUGACGGAGGACAAGAAGUCUGAGAAGUUUUUCCGGGUGUUCUACGACCGGAUGAAGCUGGCCCAGCUGGAGAUCAAAGCCACUGUGACAGUCAACACCAGCGACCUCGGCAACAGAAAGAGGGACGACGACGCCCCCGACAAGGAAGUGCCCAUCCGCAAGAAAGCCAAAGACUCAACGGUGGUGGUGACAGAGGAAGCGAGAGAGCAGCUGCUGGAGGCCUCGUCGGCCACUAAGAAAGCCUUCAACUCAUACCGCCGUGAGGCUGACCCAGAGGACCACUUCUCGGCGGCCGACGGCACGCCCAGCGCCGGGGACAAGAGCCAGGAGGACGGAGAGAUGAGCUUCAUCAUUGUCAUCAUGCAGCCUAUCCUGCGCUUCCUCCAGCUGCUCUGUGAGAACCACAACCGAGACCUGCAGAACUUUCUGCGGUGUCAAAACAACAAGAACAACUAUAAUCUGGUGUGUGAGACGCUGCAGUUCCUGGACUGUAUCUGUGGCAGCACCACGGGAGGCUUGGGUCUACUGGGUCUCUACAUCAAUGAGAAGAACGUGGCUCUCAUCAACCAGACAGUGGAGAGCCUGACCGAGUACUGCCAAGGACCCUGCCACGAGAACCAGAACUGCAUCGCCACCCAUGAGUCCAAUGGCAUUGACAUCAUCAUCGCCCUGAUCCUGAAUGACAUCAAUCCACUGGGGAAGAAGAGGAUGGACCUGGUGCUUGAACUCAAGAACAAUGCCUCCAAGCUGUUGUUGGCUAUCAUGGAGAGUCGCCAUGACAGUGAGAAUGCUGAGAGAAUCCUGUACAACAUGAGACCUAAGGAGCUGGUGGAGGUGAUCAAGAAGGCCUACCUGCAGGGAGAGGUGGAGUUUGAGGAUCCCGAAGAGGACGACGACAGCGGAGAGGAGGAGGAGCAUGAUGCUGCCUCCCCCAGGAACGUGGGCCACAACAUCUACAUCUUGGCCCACCAGUUGGCACGCCACAACAAGGAGCUGCAAGUGAUGCUGAAACCAGGAGGGACCAACGGAGAGGGAGACGAGGCUCUGGAGUUCUACGCCAAACACACUGCUCAGAUAGAGAUUGUGCGUCAUGACCGCACCAUGGAGGAGAUAGUGUUCCCUGUGCCCAACAUCUGUGAGUUCCUGACCUGUGAGUCCAAACUGAGGGUGUACUACACCACUGAGAGGGACGAGCAGGGCAGCAAGAUCAAUGACUUCUUCCUCAGUGCAGAGGACCUCUUCAAUGAAAUGAACUGGCAGAAGAAACUAAGAGCUCAGCCCGUGUUGUACUGGUGUUCCAGGAACAUGUCAUUCUGGAGUAACAUCUCCUUCAACCUGGCCGUCCUCAUGAACCUCCUGGUGGCCUUCUUCUACCCCCUGGAGGGUUUGCGUGAAGGUACCCUGGAGCCCCACCUGUCUGCCCUGCUGUGGGUGGGCAUGUUGGCAUUGUUGGCCAUCGUGGUGGCCAUGCCCCAGCCCCUGGGGGUCCGAACCCUCAUCAUCGCCACCAUCCUCCGCCUCAUCUUCUCCGUGGGCCUGCAGCCCACCCUGUUCCUGCUGGGAGCAUUCAACGUGUGUAAUAAGACCAUCUUCCUGAUGAGUUUUGUGGGGAACAGAGGGACGUUCACACGGGGCUACAAGGCCAUGAUUCUGGACGUUGAGUUCCUCUACCACCUUAUGUACCUCAUCAUCUGUAGCCUGGGGGUCUUUGUCCAUGUCUUCUUCUACAGCCUACUGCUCUUUGACCUGGUGUACAGGGAGGAGACUCUACUGAACGUGAUAAAGAGUGUGACCCGUAACGGUCGCUCCAUCGUACUGACAGCAGUGCUGGCCCUCAUCCUGGUCUACCUGUUCUCCAUCGUGGGGUACAUCUUCUUCAAGGAUGACUUCAUCCUGGAGGUGGAUCGCAUCCCCAACACCACCCUGGAGAACGGAGCCAGUGUGGCCAAUGAGCUGGUGUCUGCUGGGAUGUGUCAGUCUGAGACUGGAGAGAACAACUGCACCACAGAGCUCCAAGUGGAAGACUUUGUGGAGGACAUGGAGGAUGGCAAGGAGCGUACGUGUGACUCACUGCUCAUGUGUAUUGUCACUGUGCUGAGCCACGGCCUGAGGAGUGGAGGGGGGGUUGGAGACGUCCUGAGAAAGCCCUCCAAAGAGGAGCCUCUCUUUGCGGCCAGGGUGAUUUACGACCUGCUCUUCUUCUUCAUGGUCAUCAUCAUUGUCCUCAACCUCAUCUUCGGAGUCAUCAUCGAUACCUUUGCAGACCUGAGGAGUGAGAAACAGAAGAAGGAAGAGGUCUUGAAGACCACCUGCUUCAUCUGUGGUCUGGAGAGAGACAAGUUUGACAACAAGACGGUGACAUUUGAGGAGCACAUCAAGGAGGAACACAACAUGUGGCACUACCUGUUCUUCAUAGUGCUGGUCAAGGUGAAGGACUCCACAGAGUACACCGGCCCCGAGAGCUACGUCGCAGAGAUGAUCAAGGAGCACAACCUGGACUGGUUCCCGCGGAUGCGUGCAAUGUCGCUGGUGAGCAGUGAUGCGGAGGGCGAGCAGAACGAGAUCAGGAACCUGCAGGAGAAGCUGGAAUCGGCCAUGAGGCUGGUGUGUAACCUGUCUGGACAGCUCACAGAACUCAAGGAGCAGAUGACGGAGCAGAGGAAACAGAAGCAGAGGAUUGGGCUCCUGGGUCACCCCCCUCACAUGAACGUCAACCCCCAACAGCCAGCCUGAGGAGGACCGUUGUGGAAACAACCGCCACCUCCCAGGACCCUAACCCAGGACCACUCACACAAAGGAGAGACCGACCUUCAGUGUCUAAGAACUUAUUUUUCUGACAAUCUAAGAAGGGUACAGGAGUAUGCCAAAGUUUAUAUGUACAGUAGUAGUGUCCCUGACACUACUAUGGGCUUUAUGUGUAUGAAGGGAUUUAUGUGUGAGUGUGUGCAGAAGGCCUUAAAGGGCCAAUCUGCAGUUGAAACAAUAUCAAAGCUGGCACCCCAACUCUGUUUUGGUAAAAAGCUGAGGGAUACAUGCGGUAAAUAGGUCAAUCAAGCUUGACCAAAACAAUAGAAAUGCCACUGAAACGCGUGGGGAAAAGAUCCCAAAUCCCCUCAUUGCCUCAAUCAAAAUUAGCCUACAUUUAAGCUAUUGUUUAUAUGUGUAUUUCACACCUAUGUUUAGGUAAAAAUCUGAGUAUAAUGCUUGUAUGGCUGUCAACCCCAAUACUUGUUUAUGUCAUUGUCUCGAAUCAACUGCAUUACAGUUAAAAAGGACUUUGACUACCACCACUGAUUUAUGUAUGCUAGCUAUGCUACCAGUUUAUACUAAUGGGAGUUAGCAUUUAGCAGUAGCUUCUUCUAAACCUGAAAAGGGACAAUUUCUAAAUGUUAUGAGGCGAAAACAGCCAAAUAUAUCCAAAUGGCACUUUAGUAAGCACAUUGUGGGCCUGUUACAAUACAUAAAUCAUGACGGAUUUGACGAAUAUCCACUUUGCUAGAUCAGAUUUGUUGGAUUUGCGCCAAUCCAGCAUCCUUCUUCUAUCCCCCACCAUCUGCAUUCCAUUGACCUCUUUACUGCAUCUAUGGGCCUGGAGAAAUGUAACCUCUCUUAAAUUCAUAGACAGAGCUAUGGUUUCAAGGACUGACCAUCCAUGAUAUCAAAUGUAUAGUUUUAACCAUGUUUAUUAGGCUAUACAGUGUUUGUUUACAUUUACAUUGUUUACAAACAUUGGAGUAAAACAAGCUGAUAUUUUGGGUUCUGAUGGGGUACGACAGUUGAACUAAGCUCAUGAGGUAUUUAUAAGUCAUAUUCUUCAAAAAUCAAUGGGUUUAUAUCGUUAAUAUAGGAGUCCAAAAAUGGAUGUAGCAACUGCAGAUUUCCCCUUUAAUCAACACUAAGUUAUGAAGUUAGUACACAUUAGGAGAUGGGGUGUAUGCAUGUCGUGUACUGAGUAUGUACUGUGCAUAGUGCACAUGAGUUUGAGUGGGUGGAUGGGAAAUAUAUGGAGUGUGCCAGAGUGCCCUUGAACUUAAGAAGAAGGAACCAGUUAUGUAAGUUUAGGUCGUAAAACGUACUAAAGUGAAUAUGCCUUAGGUUGUCAUACUACCCUUAAUGCCUUGUCCAUCUUCCUCACCACUUGGAAUGGGUGACAACGGUUCUCCUCUCCCAUGGCCUUGAUGUAUUUGGUGAACUUGAAGUCUCAGACAAUUGCACAACAGGGCUCAUGAGAGCACUGGGACACUCGUGUUGAAGGAUGCUUUCCUCUUGUUUUGUAUUUGAAACCUGGUGGGCAAACAAUAAUUAAUAUCUUAUUUUUGUACGAGGUGCAAUAUGAAUACUUUACAAUAUGCAACCACAAAUUUGUUUUAUUUGUACAUAAUGUCUGAGGGAGAUGGAAUUAUUAUUAUUUUUUAUAUAUAAUAAUGGCGGAAUAGAGUUGUGAUCACCUUUACGAUUUUUCUUUUCAAUAUAUUUAGACCAAUGUUGUCCCACAAAUGAGACAAUUAUAUAUGUUUGUCAAAAGACAACUCAACCCAAAAUCCAUUUGCACAGCAUGGGUAUUUUGCUAAAGCCAGGAGUGUUGGCUUUCAAACACUUUAUAUGAGUUUGUGUGCAUAUAUACUAUAUAUGUUUAUAUUUUCUUAUAUUUGGAUUUGAAGGUAUCUGAACAUUCCAGGAAGCUUUAAGAAGGAGGCAUCUGUUUGAGGUCAUGUAUUUGUGAUGUCUUGUCCUCAGGCUCCUGAAGUGUAUUUGCCUGUUUGUACUGUGUGUAUGUCCCCUGUAGAUGGUUCUUGUGAACACUGGUAUGUACUUGAGCACUAUGAGGGGGGUACACUCCCAUAUAGCAGUUGAUGAGGAAAGAAGACGUCACAUAUAGCAGUUGAUGACUCUGAAGACGUCACCACAUGUAAAAGUGUUGGUAUUGCUUAUGUCAUACAUUGGGAGCACACUAAACACCUAAGUGAGAAUGAUUUUUUUUCUCCUUGUUUUGAUAUGUUGGCACUGAAUGACAUUCUGACAGUCUUAUAUUUUCAUCAAUUUCUACUAUCAAUUCAGUGCUGAUUUUUAUGUUAUUAUCGCUAGUUUCUUAAGUCUACUUGUCACUUUUUUUUGUGAAGGGCCUUCCGUGAAGAGAGGUGUCCUGGUUUGAUUGCAGUGUUCAAGUAAAGAAAUCAGAGUACUAAUAUAAAAGAUUUUGAGUGCUGUCUGACCAAAGUCUCAUUUAAGCCUUUAAUACUACUAUAUAAAACAAGCUGUCUAAAAUGUACAUUCCAUUCUUUAAAAGUCUAUUUAAUAAAGAUGUGUGAAAAAAAUCA